CGCUCUCUCCUCCGCUCGCCCUCGCUCGGCGCAUCCUCCUCCCCAAGCCCAGCGCGAGCCGCCGCCGCGAGGAUGGAUGUCCACUGUGAAUUGUGCUGGCGCAAUUUCUCCGACUUAGUUCAAAAUUUUCAGGCUCAUUUGCGCGACAAAAAAACCGGGUGCGCGCAGGAAGCGGCUGCAAAUGGAUGUGCUGAAUGUGAGCAUCAUCUGGGCCGCAUGCCGCCAUCAUCACCAAGCGCCGGACCAUCAACACGGCCAUCAACAAGGCAGUCAACAGGUCAAAGCUCCGGGGCAUCAACAACACGGUCGCCACGUCAAUGGGCCUAUCAAAUGUCGAGUACUAGUGCUCCUGAGCCAUCAACAGCUUCUAGACGAAGCACCUCAUCAAGAGGCAAAAAUGUUCAAGUUGUUCUAUUGGACACAGAUACAUCCAUUGAAAGGGAUGGAGUGAAGGUACACUAUCCUUCAAGGGGACAUGAUGAUUCCAUAGAACUUUCUAAUGAAGAUCUAUCAUGCCUUGAGUCUGAAUCACAAUUGUCCUCGCCUAUAAUGAACUUUUACAUUAGGUACCUAUGGGAACAAAUGCCAUCAAUUAGUAGAAUAAGAGGCAAUUACCACAUUUUCAACACAUACUUCUUCAACAAACUUGAAGACUUUGCAUCAAAGGGUUCAGAGGUGGACAGCGCUGAUUGUUUCUUAAAGCUGAGAAGAUGGUGGAAGGGUGUGGAUAUAUUUAGGAAGGACUAUAUACUGUUUCCUGUGCAUGCAGAUGCACACUGGAGCUUGGUCAUCGUAUGUAUGCCAGCCAAAGAAGACCACUCUGGACCCAUGGUGCUUCAUUUGGAUUCACUGAAGGGGCAGGUUCACCAGAGCAAAAAUAUUUUCAUCGUCGUUGACAGAUUCUUGAAAACGGAAUGGAUGCACCUGAAUGGAAAGAACCUUACUAGAAAAAUUGUGAAAAAAUCGAUCAAUGUUCCACAACAGGAAAAUGGAUAUGACUGUGGUCUGUUUGCUUUAUUCUAUAUGGAGCGUUUUAUCCAGGAGGCACCUGACAGGUUUUGCAGGAAAGACCUUUCUACGGUUAGAUACUAUUUGUUGCUUUCUUUAUUUUUUAUAUGUAUGCUUCACUGCUUUCUAGAACACACUCGCCGGAUCUGGCCAUCUUAUUGUGUCUUAUUUUCUACUAGUUUGGCAAAAGAUGGUUUCGACCAGAAGAGGCUUCAGAGUUGAGAAAGAAAAUGUUUGAUCUGCUGCUUCAGUUGUUCGAGAAAGACAACCUAUAAUGUAAACCUUGUGUACUUGAAUCAUCUCGUAGUAACAAUCAGGGCAAGAUCUUACAAAAUCCAUUCAUAGCCAUGGAAUGUGUUGAUUCAUCUGAUCUCUCUGUUCUGCAUUUCGACCAGAAGAGGCUUCAGAGCUGAGAAAGAAAAAAUGUUGGAUCUGCUGCUUCAGUUGUUCGAGAAAGAAACUAUAAUGUAAACCUUGCGUACUCGAAUCAUCUUGUAGGCACAAUUAGGGCAAGAUCUUACACAAUCCAUUCAUAGCCAUGGAAUGCGUUGUUCCUAGGGAUGCAAGUGGGUACCCAUUAGUAUUUUUGGGUUUCUUAUUUUAGUUUAUUUUCUCUCCCAAACUAAUUACAUAGCAUGUUAUUCUAGUUUAUUUUAUUAAAUUUUGGGUCGACCUAAUGACCCAAAAAAA